AUGUUAAGGUGUAUUUUAGUGUUGUUUUUCCUCGGUUAUGUUUCUGGAGAGAACAUUGAAGAGUUCGUUAAUCAGGGGAUCAGUUCGAGAGAUGGAUUAUCCAGCUUUUCGGAGUUUGCAGAACCGAAAAUGCCUGCUUUUAGCAAAGCGGAGGUACACGAGAACGUCAAGACUUACAUCGUGACUAAAAGAGUGCCUAUGCCUUAUCCCGUACACGUCGAGAAGAAAGUACCUUUCCCCGUCAAAGUGCCAGUCAGGAGACCGUACACUGUAUUCGUACCGAAACCUUAUAUAGUAGAGGUAACGAAACCAAUCCCGUAUCCGUUCAAAGUACAAGUACCGCAACCCUACACGAUCGAAAAACACAUUCCCGUUCCGUAUAAAGUACCAGUCGAUAAACCAUAUCCUGUUCAUGUCAGUAAUCCAAUACCGAUAUUAGUGGAAAAGAAAGUGCCUUAUACAGUAGAAAAGCAUAUACCUUACCAAGUAAAAAUUCCAUAUGAAAGGCCUUACGCAGUUCACAUCCCAUUCGACAAACCUCUAUUCUAUCCAGUAGAAAGACCUGUACCGAUACCUAUGAAAAUAUCCGUUAAAAGCCCUAUGCUUCAGCAAGUACAAUCGUACAACGAGAAACCAGUUAAACAAACGGAUGUAGAUGACUUUUCGCAACAACAACAUCAACAGCAGCAGCAGCAGCAGCAGCAGCAGGUGCAACAUCAGCAGCAGCAACAACAACAACAGCCGCAGCAGCAGCAAAAGCAGCAGCAACAAAACUACCACCACCAACAACACCAGCAGAUGCAAUAUCAGCAACAACAAAAACAACAACAACAACAACUUAAGCCAGUGCAAGUAAUCAGUUCCUCGAAAAUCAACAAUUUCACACCUAGCACUUACGACGCCGAGACGUCAAAUAUAAUAACGCAAGGUAAACACAAGGUAAUUUCGUUUCUUCCAGGCUCCCAAGAUUCGUACUCAUCAUCGACUCCAAUAGAUUUUGGAACGAUCCAUGUAUCGGGGAUCAAGGCAAGUAGUAUGGAAAAUUCCAGCGAUUGGAUACCAAAACAGCAAUUUGUAUUACCGUCUAAGCAACCGAUCGCAUAUUCAACUCAAGCCGGCACCCAUUACAGAUAUGUCCUGCCGGAUGUGAAAACUGCAAGCAGUUUCUCAAACGUAGGUAGAGGAACCAAACCUUCCCUUCAAAAGGAAGCAUAUACGCUCAAAUUUGAUCCAAAGAAGCAAGAAUAUAAGUUCGAAUUCGCUCCGGUGAAAGAGCAAUAUCACAUAAAAUAUGAAACAAAGAAACCCGAAUACUCUAAUCACAAUACACCUCUAUUCGAAGUCAAAGCUCCGCAGUUUGCACCGACGAAAGCUCCCAACUCUCAGCAUCAAGAAAUGUUGAGUCAGAGUUUCAAGUCGGUUGUAGAGGUAGAUAAGGAUAAGCCAACUAGAAAUUACCAGUUUUACAACAUUCAUCCUCAGAAAGGAUCACAGUCGAGCGCUUCUUCAGGAAUCAGUUUCCAGAAGGUUGAAUCAAGUGAGAUAGGAGAGGCAACGGCAGCUUCCGAAAUCAAGAAUUACACAGAGGAAAACGGCGUUAGGAUUCAAUAUAUCACCCAAAGAUACCCAACAUUUGAACAAAGCCCUCAGUAUAGUCAACAAAUAGAGCAGAUUCAUCAAACAUUACCUCCGAGCUAUUACGACGAGCAGCAGCCCCAGGCGUCGCAGGAGCAUGCGACGUUCGAUCAACAAUUGCUAUACACAGAAAAAUACUUGCCGGAAGAAGAAAAACAACAGGAUUACCGCAGUAUGGCCUAUCAGACGACACAGGAGGUAUAUCCUUCGGAAGACUACUAUUCAGGUUUUAGCCCAGUACAAACAACGCCCCAGGAUUACGAGAGCGAACCUAACGAAUACAAAUACGAUGGUCUCCCUCGGACCAACAGCCAUACAGGGGCAUCGGACGAUUUUCACCACCUAGGGUCGUACGAAAGCACGACGACUCCGACUACUCAAACCGUUCCGACUGCGCCGUCGACCGCGCUUCCUCUUUCUACAGAAAACACGAAGGAAUCAACACAAGAGUCAGUCCCAACUAAUUCCAGAAGCACCGAAGUUUACACAGACGCAGCUACAAGAAAAUCGAGAAAGAGGCCCCAAAGGAGGAGGCAACAAGAAAAGACGGAUUAA